GUUUUUUGGGAAUUGAUGGCUCACCCAUCAGACCAUAGGCUUAAUCCCGGGGUUCUGAGAAGUGUUUUGGUUUUGGUGGGUCUGUUUUUGGUUGCCUACAUUGUGGGACGACCAAUUUUGAGAGAAAAUUCAUAUGCUCAAGCUUCAUGUUCUACAUGUGAUUGCGAUUGUGAUUCAGACAACUUCUCCAUACCCUUAGGAUUUUUAAACAUCUCAUAUUCAGACUGUGGUAAAAAUGAUCCUGACAUGAAUGAGGAGAUGGAGAAGGACACCAUAACUUCACUAUCAGAGGAGCUUAGUCUACAGAAAAAUGUCACUGAUGAUAACUUGGAACGCACUGAGGCACUGAUAAUGAGUACGAAGAGAGCUUCUUCCCAUUAUCAGAAAGAAGCAGAAAAGUGCAAUGCAGGAAUGGAAACUUGUGAAGAAGCAAGAGAGAAGGCUGAAGCAGCACUCAUAGACGAGCGUAAACUCUCAGCAUUGUGGGAGAAUAGAGCCCGUGAACACGGGUGGAUGGACCAAAGAAGAUUGUAUUCAUGAAUGUAGCUUCUUUUAUCGUUAUUUCCUGUUAAUUUAGGCUUUUGACUCAUUAUGCUUGUGCGUUCAGUGUGAAUAUCACCAUGCUACAUAGAAAUUUUUUUUUUAUUCGUCUUUUAUCCGUCAGAAAAUGUGAUUACUUCAAUGCUGCAUAUGGUGUAUAGGAUAUAAGAACUAGCUACAGGCUUUUCCCACGUAUUCCUUAUUUAUUUAUUAUUAUUAUUUUGGGGGUCCUAA